GACUCUCUCUCUCUCUCUCUCUGGUUCUUCUCUCUCACUGACGCCUCGCGCUCGGUUCAGUCGCCGCUCACGAGACAUUUUCUCGCGGAGGUUUUCUGAGCGUUUUUACGCGCAGCAGCAGCAGCAGCAGCAGCGGGAAACAGGCGCAGAAGACUGUGCGCGCGCUCGUGUUGUUGUUUAUUUCGCUGUUGCUUGCUGUUUGUUUGCAGCAGAAUCAGCAGCAGCAGAAUCAGCAGCAGCAGUUGCUGUAUUUCCAGUUGAGCCGCUGAUUCGCGCUGGAAGCAGCGGAGACCCGGAGCUCCUGACCCGGACUGUGGCUGCUCUUCUCCCCGCAGCUGUGGAACAUUUAUUCAGCCUCAGUUUUCUCCGGUUCCUGAUUUUUUAUUUCUUUUCCAUGUUUCUUCCUCGCAUCAGCUCAUCUGUGGGAAACUGAGUUGGAGAAAGUGUCCUCGCACUGCGUGGACGGGACUUAAACCGUGGGAAUCAAAAACUGUGGAUUUUCACUCAAAAAACUCUGGAGAUUUAAUAAGGAAAUAUUGAAUCACGCAGAAGUUCCACAGGAGGGACAGAUUGUCCGGAGCAGGGAAGAACACCUGUGCGGGAGUAAAGUGAGCAGACGUCGUUACGUGUUACUGUAACACGGAAAACAACGUUCGCUUUGAAAAAUGCCGCAGAUGGAAAUGAUCUUCAUCCUCCUCUUCCUCCUCGUUGGUGUGUGCGUGUUCGCUCAGGACCCGGCGUCCAAGGUGGUGUCCGACCGGUACGCCGUCUUCUGGAACCGGACCAACCCCAAGUUCUACCGGGGCGAUUAUCACAUCGACGUCUGCAUCAACGACUACCUGGACGUGUACUGUCCGCACUACAUCGGCCCGGUUGCCGACGACAGGGCUGAGCGCUACGUCCUCUACAUGGUCAACUAUGACGGCUACAGCUCCUGCGAUCACACGGCCAAGGGCUUCAAACGCUGGGAGUGCAACCGGCCUCUGUCGCCGAACGGGCCACUGAAGUUCUCGGAGAAGUUCCAGCUCUUCACUCCCUUCUCCCUGGGCUUUGAGUUCCGUCCCGGCAGAGAGUACUAUUAUAUCUCGUCCAUCACCGACAACAAGGGACGAAGGAGCUGCCUGCGACUCAAAGUCUUCGUCAGGCCUCAGAACAAUUGUGUGAAAAGCACCGGGAGCUCAGUUCAGGAAGGAGUCGACUUUGAAGACAACAGCCACAACUCACUAGAACCCAGAGACGGCAUCAGCCACGAGUCGCCGGAGCCGUCUCGGAGGGACGUGAACGCUGCCACUCGGCGCCACACCCCCGUCCUCCUGUUCAGCUCCGCCCUCAUACUCCUGGCUGCCAUCUUGUCAUUAUAGCACCUGGUUUUUGAGGAAACGCCCCCUGACCCCCCCCCCCCCCCCCAGUUCUGCCAGGAAUGGACUGUCCUGAUUGGACUGCAAGGCCCGCCCCCUUUUACCCUCCGACCCCACCUCCCCUUGAAGGAGCACUUUUCAAAAAAGAUCGUUUAAAAAAAGAAAAAAAAAAGACAUUCUCUCAGAGAGAGGGCGGGACUUCACUCGACGAAGCCUUUGUUGAUAUUUUUGGACUUUAGGAAAAUACCAACUUGUGUGAGUCGUGACUUUUUUGCGUGCGGGGACGAAAACGCCUGUUUUUUUGUGUUUCGACCACACACACACACACACACACACACACACACAGAAACAAGCACAGCAGGAUUCCCUCAACAAGUUUACAGACGUUUAACACCUUUUUUUUCUUUUUUUAUAUAAAUGUUCGGAGACGUCACCUAACAUUAACUCCGCCCCCUCCACCACCACCGCCACCACGUGUCACAUGAUUAAAUUUCACGACAAAGUGGAGAAGGUUUUUAAAGAAGAAGAAAACUUCACUUUCCUGUCGGGUGGAAACGGACGGAGUUUGAAGCAUGAAUAGAGAAAAAAAACUAGAAAAGAAAAGCGCUCAUCAUUUAUGACGCGUUUCCACUGCAUGGUACCGUCCCGCCUCAGCUCGCCUCAGCUCAGCUCAGCUCAGCUCGGUUUGGUUUGGUUUGGUUUGUUUUUCCAUGACUUCAUAGGCGUCGUCUUAUCGUGGUUUUCUACGCGACAAAAACCCAAACUAGUGACUUGUAAAGCAGUUGUUUUGGGUGAAACUGGAUCAUUAGAGUCAGUUGAUUUAAAAAGAUUUAUUCACAGAAUCGUUCAGCACUUCCUCUGACACAAUCACUGAAGUGAAAUACCACUGAACGUGGUCGUGAUUUGAACUCACAAUCACCAAAACACCAGACUCCUGUGUUAAACAUUGACAUUUUAGACAUUUCUUUUGCUAAAUGCUGGAGGUUUUUAAAGGAUUUUUAAAUCUUUUUAACUUUAAUCUACAGUUCACAUUGUUCUUAUGUCGGAGGUCGCGCUCAUGACUUCCAGUGACAACUUUAAUCUCAGAAUUCUAAUUUAAACUCUCAGAAAUCUAAAUUAAGUCUCGGAAAUCUGACAUAAAUCUCAGGAUUCAGAAAGUCAAUGUUGGAAAUCUUGACCUAAAUCUAAAGACUUUGUGUUCUGACUUUAAUCUUAGAAUUCUGAUUUAAAAUUUCAGAGUUCUGAUUUUUAAUCUCAAAAUUCUAACUUAAAAUCACAAAAGCCUGAUUUAAAAUCUCAGAAGUCUGAAUUAAGUCUCGGAAAUCUGACGUAAAUUUCAGAAUUCUGACUUUAAUCUCAAAAUUCCCCAUCAGACGUCUGAGGAUUCCGAAUUUAAUUUUGGAAAUUCUUCUCAGUUAAACAUUGUCAUUUUAGACAUUUCCUUUGCUAAAUGUUGGAGAAAAGGAUUAAAGGAUUUGUAAGUCUUUUUAAACUUUAAUCUACAGUUUGACAUUGUUGUCUUUGAUUCUCGUGUCGCGCUGGUGGCUCUUCAGUGACGACACUCUCUGACGUGCUGAGGCGAGUCGCGUCGUCGGUGGAAAAGCGUCAUUAGUGUUUGUUUACGGACGAUUUAAUGCAUUUUUUUGGGGUUGUUUUUGUUUGAAAAAUGUCAUAUGAUUCAAUCGUAGCAGUGAACACAAACACGGGUGUACAGUGAAAAAAAUAUCUGGACAUAAAAAAAGAAGAAAAAUUUUGUAUUUUCCUAUUUAUUGUGAAGUCCUUUGUUUUUUGUUUUUGGUUCAGUAGCGAGGCAAUAAUUCAAAAAAAUAAUAAAAAUUUAGCUCACGCUCAUAUUCUUACAAUCAUACAGAUUAAAAAAAAAACACUGAGUGCAGUUUAUGAUGGUUUUUAAUUUGUAUUUUAUUUUUUAUUUCUAACAAAGUCCAGGAAGAAGAAGAAGAUUAAAAGGUCUGAUGUGUUUUCAGGGUGUAGAGAUGUGUGUUCUGACUUUGUCGUUACUGAAUGUCACAGAUGUAGUUUGCUUUUGUGGAUCACUGUCAUUACGCAUAACUGUUGUAUAUAUUAUAAAUAUUUAGAGGCAAAUUUCCUACAAAGUUCAGGGAUGUGUCCAUGCUUAAAAAAAAGAAAAAAUGAUUUAAGACGUGUUGUUGUUUUUGUUUUGUUUGUUUUUUAAGGGGAUUUAAUCGUUCUUAAAUAAAGCAGCACAAGUUUUAA